GGCUUGGUUUUAGUUCAGGACAUUUAUGAGUUUCUGUGUAAAACCGUAUGUCAGAAUUUGAACUAGACUGAAAUGUCGUCACGUCAAGAUUUGACAUGUCAUCAUACCAUAAGGCUUACCCACUAAUUGUCAUUAUAACUCAUUAGGUUUCCUAAAACCUACUCAUUUUUGUUUCCUCGCUUGAAUCCCAAAUUUCGUAAAUAUUUGGUGUGCGCAGGGAAUUUUUUCACGUAAGAAUCGGCGCCAUUCAACGUUCAAGAGGUCUUUCAAAGUGUUAAAGUAUAUGUGCGAAACAUGGAUUAAAAAAUAUGCUAGUGGAAUAGGUAAGUGUACUUUUGGUGAUGUAUAUUAAAGACGACAUUCAAAAGAUCGUUGCUAGGGUUCAUGAUUGGAGAACAGUUCACUAGAUGCUGUAAAAUGGAUGGUUUUGGUGAAGAAUGUCGGAAAAUGAGCAACGCUUCUCGGUCAUUUAAGAUUAACACUACUAAAAAUGGUUCAGCCGGAAACCUCCAACAGAGACAACUGGAUAGAGACAGUAUAUAUGAAAGUCAAUGUGAAAUGUGCUGGGAACGAACUAGGCUUUCUUCGUCUACGUGCAUUCACUGUUUUAAGAAUGAAAUAAGAAAUCCCAAACCUAAUAGAAAUAAUAUAGAACCAUCUUUCAUUGACUGGACAUUAUAUGGUAUCGAAAUGGUAGUCGUACCCUUAGCUAAUUCCAGGGAACACAAUGUGAUAGAACUAAAAUAUCAGGACGUGAAAUCCAAGGAUUUUAAAAUCAGGAAUGACCAAUUUACUCAAAAAGAAGGAACAAAUCUUUUCCCAAAGAGGACCAUUAAAGCAUACAAGGACAUACCGAUUCCACUGAGCAACAACAGUGGUGCAUCCAUCACAACAAUACUAUUGAUCAUACUGAUGGCGAUCACAUAUACUACGGCAGCAGCACAAGAAACACAUCAGUGGGAUGUGUCAAUGGUAGUUGAUAAUGUGGAUUAUACUUCUGGGAUGGAGAAAAACAUGUCACGCGAAUUUACCGACCUCGCAGACACUUUGUGUUUAGGACUAUCAGGUUAUCUUAUGGAGAAAAAGGAAGAGCGAGUUGGAUGCCAUGUGGAACAUCUGAGAAAAUCCGCCACAUCCAAGGUGGAAGUCAGCUUGACAAUUGACAACCUCCCCCUUAAGGUAUUUGGAUCCAAGGAUAAAGUUCUUAGCAGAAUACUACAAGACUCUAGGCAUCUCAGCAAGAACGGCAAAGACUUCAUUGAAAUCAAGAGUUACCUCAUUCCAACAACAUCCAUACACGUGGUGCAAAAUACCGAGACAGGUCCACAGUUAUCAAAACCAAUACUGGACAGUGAGCGACCAAGAAGAGGAGUUAACACCUCCAAACUUCCGGUGGUCAGUGAGGGCACCCCCGUGGUGACUACCACCCCGAAGUCACGUGUCACCACCGUGGAGAUCGUGUGGGCCACGAACUGGUGGGACGUGUUCCUGUCCAAGUAUCAGUGGGGGGAGGAGGAUUUAUUUGGUUCCGAGACAGGGGCAACUCUCUCCAGACUUCCUGAAGUGGACAACUGCCUCCACGAGGACAUGUGUAAGAAUGGGGGCACCUGUGUCAGUGACGAGAUGUCCUACUCCUGUGUGUGUCAAGGAGGCUGGACAGGAGUCCACUGUGAAAAAGACUUGGACGAGUGUGCGAGGAAUCCCUGUAAUGGACGACCCUGUACAAACACUGUCGGAUCCUAUCGGUGUGCUUGUCCAGAUGGAUUCACAGGAAAAGAUUGUACCGAAGAUAUAGACGAAUGUAGGACCAAUCCAUGCACGAAUAAUGGAGUCUGUAAAAACAAUAACGGAUCCUACCUAUGUACAUGCUCUCCAGGAUGGACGUCCAGCAACUGUCAAGAUGAUGUCAAUGAAUGUGAUUCCAGUCCAUGUAAAGAGGACAGUGUAUGCGUUAAUAGUGAAGGCUCAUACACGUGUGAAUGUGAGAAAGGAUGGGGAGGGAAGAACUGUACGGACGAUGUUGAUGAAUGCUCUACCUCUCCGUGUGGAAACAACGGGGUUUGUAAAAAUACUGUUGGGUCUUUCCAAUGUUCCUGCAGUGAGGGGUGGUCAGGAAGCACCUGUGAAAACGAUCUAGACGAAUGCUUAUCAUCUCCUUGUCACCAUGGAGCUGUGUGUAAGAACACCAAGGGAAGCUACUCGUGUUCAUGCAAUGAGGGCUGGUCAGGCAAAGACUGUAAUGAAGACAUCAAUGAAUGUGAAUUCCAACAACCUUGUGCCAAUGGUGGACUCUGUACAAACACUGAAGGGUCGUUUGAAUGUACGUGCGCCGCUGGAUGGACAGGGGUCAACUGCACCGACGAUGUUGACGAAUGUUUCGAUUCUCCAUGUGGGGAGAGUGUUCCUUGUGUCAAUGUAGAAGGCUCCUAUUCCUGUGAAUGUUUAGAUGGAUGGACGGGCAAAAACUGCACGGAAGACGUAAAUGAAUGUGAAAUCCAACAGCCUUGUGCUAAUGGCGGAGUCUGUACAAACAUGAAAGGAACGUUUGAUUGUACUUGUGCUACAGGGUGGACUGGGACUAACUGUACUGACGACGUUGACGAGUGCGUUGAUUCCCCGUGUGGAGACGGUGUCCCCUGUAUCAAUGUGGAGGGGUCCUAUUCCUGUCGCUGUCUGCCCGGGUGGAGCGGCCAGAACUGUACAGAGGAUAUCGAUGAGUGUACCGAUGGUCAAGCUCUGUGCUACAAUGGAGGCUCUUGCGUGAACUUGGAGGGGUCAUAUAGAUGCGACUGCAUCAAUGGCUGGACGGGGAAAUCUUGCGAUGAAGAUUUGGACGAGUGUGCUGACUCCCCUUGUCCUGAUGGCAGUAGCUGUAUAAACCAGAACGGCAGCUUCCUAUGUGACUGUAUGGAAGGAUGGACGGGCCAAUAUUGUGAGCUAGAUAUUGACGAGUGCCUGUCAGUUGACUGUGGCUAUGAAGGCGUCUGUAACAAUAUGAACGGAUCCUUUGCGUGUGAUUGUCCAUCUGGGUAUACAGGAACACCUUGUGCAGAUGUCGACGAAUGCAGCGAUGAUCCUUGCAUCAAUGGAGGAAUCUGCAAAAAUAAUGUUGGUUCAUUUACAUGCACAUGCGCACAAGGAUGGGAAGGCGAAACAUGCAGCAAGGACGUUGAUGAAUGUGCCAAAAAUCCUUGUUCUAACGGAGGAGUGUGUCAAAACAUGGACGGGACUUACCACUGUGAUUGUCCAGCAUCUUUGGUUGGAAAGGACUGUACAGCAAGAAUGUUUUUGAUGGGAGCUGAAGGACAGUACGGUUCUAGCGUCACCAUUAGUUGCGGGGUUCAGGGUCUAGACGACUGGCAGACUAUUGAAAUCAGACACAACAACAGGACACUCUACCAAGUAAACCCUAGCGGUCUGUUCACCGACUUCACAAACAGCAGGAUAGCCAUCAACAGUACCGCGGUCAGCAAUGGAGCCGAAGUGUCCCUUACCUUCAGAGAUCUCCACUGUGAGGAUGAUGGCCAAUAUCAAUGCAUGGUGGACGGGAACCCUAAAAACACCAUGAAUCUUGUAGUGAACAAACCUUCCUCUGGAGAACCAACUAGAAUUAUUAAACAAGAGAGGUUCGUGGAUAACCGUAACACAGUCAGCAUACAGUGUCAGGGACACCCCUCUUAUCCGAAUGGAAAUCUCAAAUUCCAAGUCAAAAUGAAGAACGAACUAGCUUUCAAAGAUUUUACCUUUCCGAUUGAUGUCCAAAACGAGCUCUCUGCCGACUGUUCACGGACACAGAUUGUGACGAUAACUUCCGCUUUUGACCAGAACUGGGACCAGGCGACCAUUAAAUGUUUGGAGGACGAUUCCGGGAACUUCGACGAAACAGUUUUGGAUAUUGUACCAGAUAACUAUUGUGUAAGAGCACCUUCGAACACCAUGGUAUACCUAGAGCAUCCACACAAUCCAAGGAAAUUUGUUCAAUGCUCGAACCAACAACCUACGAUCGUCCAGGAAUGUGACACUGGCAGUUGUUUUAAUGAAAAUGAUCAGAAAUGUGGAUCUUGUAUCAAAGAGUGUUCAGAAAACCCGUGUAGCAAUGGCGCACCCUGCUGGAUUGUGAAUGGAGUUUUAACUUGUGACUGUGUCCCAGGCUGGGGUGGUUCACUCUGUGAGCAAGACAUAGAUGAAUGCAUUUCUUCCCCAUGUCAUAACGGGGGAUUAUGCAAAAACACUCCGGGUACCUACAUGUGUGAUUGCACUGCUGGCUGGCAGGGACCCCUAUGUGAAAUCGAUGUAGAUGAAUGUUUGGCAAAUCCGUGUGCUAAUGGUGGUCAAUGUUAUAACAACAUUGCUUCAUUUACCUGUGUCUGCCCACCUGGAUGGACCGGACCACGAUGUGAUAUAGACAUUGACGAAUGUUUGAAUUCACCGUGUCAGAAUAAUGGUAUUUGUCAGAACGCACCUGGGACUUACAUGUGCGAAUGUACAUCGGGCUGGACUGGACUCUACUGUGAAGAAGAUAUUGAUGAGUGUUUUCUGAAUCCAUGUACCAACAACGGCAGAUGUAACAAUCUAAUCGGUUCCUUCAGUUGUGAUUGUCCGGAGCCUUGGUUUGGAAAGAUCUGUGAAAGUGGUCUUUUCGUCGAUGGACAUCGUGGGGCCAUUAACUCGGAGAAAGUUUUGGGGGUAUCCUGUACCAUAUACAAAUAUCAGAACUGGAAAUAUCUAGAUAUUAUCAGAAGCGACAAGAGCAAUAGACCUGUCGUCAGAGUAAUGUCGGACGGCAACAUUAAAACAGCAUUCAAUAAGAGAAACGUGCAAGUCAUCUACAAACCCGAUGAAGCCAUUGAACAGGCGGAAGUCUCUUUGCAGUUUACGCGCCUGCGCUGUCAAGAUGAAGGAGUGUAUAAAUGCUUAUUAGAUAAUGGUCAAAACCAAGAUGCCAAAGUGGUCACAACAAACCCAUCACGUGGAAAACCGGUCAUUUCAAAGAUUGAAGAGUUGUAUGGAGAAGGAAACAUUGCAUUCAACUGUACAGGGUUUCCUGGUUACCCGGAUGGUGACCUUGAAUUCCAGAUAAAACUUCAGAACGAAACAAGUUUUCAUGACUUUACAUUUUAUAGUGCCAAUAGAAAGAAUAUCGAUUUGGGAUGUGUCCGAAAACAAUUUGUAAAUGCUACAUACUUCAUGAAUAUGGAGUGGAACCAGGCCAAAAUUAGGUGUAAAGCAAAAGGAUCGGACAUAUAUGAUGAAACAAACGUUUAUUUAUUGUCACCGGAAAUAUGUGGUUCUGUUCGAGUAAAUAGUGGCAUUCGUCAUCCAUAUAAUCCUGGUAAAUUCAUCACCUGUACUAGGGAGUCGCCUAAAGUCCGAAACUGCCCAGGAACGACUUGCUUUGACGACAGAAGUCAACAGUGUCUUUUUACCUGUGAUAAUGAUGAUUAAGAUAUGUAAAACAUCUAACUUCUAAAUUAUUCAAGUUUUUCACGUAUUCUCUGCAAAUCUCUCCAAUUUGCAACCUUUUUCCUAAAAUGUAACUGCAUUAUACAGCCCUGUAAAUUUGUUUACAUUAAAUUGCGCAAUAUGUUAUACAGAAGACAAUAGAUCAGAUAGAUUGAUCGUGUAUUGAUCUUUGAAGAAUGUGUAAUGUAUUGCAUAUUGAUUGUCAUAAAUGUUUGAGUUCAAGUAGAGCGUGUACUUUGUGAGAAAUUCGGAUUACAAAAUGUGAUCUAUAAAUAAAAAUAACAUAAAACGUAAAUUGUGAACAAUUAUAACAGAAUUUUGAUGAAGUGCGUUAUAAGUAUCACAUUUGUAUAAUGUAUUUUCUAAAACCAAAUUGUGGUAUUUUUAUAUCUGAAUACCAUUGACUUGGUGCAAAAUGUUAUGAUUAAGGAUACCUGUACCAUGAUAUACCUGCUUCUUUUCAAACUCGAACUCUAGAAUUUGACCAUUAAGAAGAUUUUAUUUGAUAUUCACUUCUAUAAAUAUUUUCGUUUGUUAAAAAAUGAUAUUUAGGAAUAUAUAGGUAGAAUUAUUAAUACCUGUACUAAGUCUUUAAGAAUUUCUUAACCAUGUUAUUUAUACUGAAGGUUUGCUUUGUUUCAAUAUGGAUCUAAAGUGAACAUUUACGAAAAUGUUUUUGCCAAUUUGUGCAAUUGUGCAAUCAAAAUGAUGAUUUAAAAGAUUUGAAAACAAAAAUCAAACGAAGGAGGAUAUUUCAUUUCAUCGAUGUAAAAACGAUAUUGAUUGUAGAGGGAGGGUAUGUUUUUGUUUCAUUAUCAAAUAAAAUUCUUAUUAUCUUA